AUGCAACUACCAGUACUUGUAGCUCUUUUCGUUAACUGCAUUAUAGUACAUUGUUUCGAACAAGACCCAUGGAACAAUGUGUCAUCAGUAUUGAAUUCGCUACCAAAGCAUAAGGACUGCCUGAUUGACUCUGCACAAGAAUCUGAUCCAUACCUGGUAUCUGAUGGAGGCGGAAUCCAUAUUACACUGCCGAUUGAUUAUUUUGAGGAAGAGCAAGAACACAACUGGCAGAGGUUUUUUGAUCGUGCAGAUAUAAGUGAUCGUUUGGCAAUUUACAAUGACCUUGUUCAUUCUAGUGACCAAUUCAAUAACAGUGAUGCCACCUACACGCUGGCACAAAUGCACCUAUUGCAAGACUACGGAUACCCGCACAAUAAAACAUUGGCCUUUCACUACAUGCGUAAAUUCAAUGAGCUUACGAAAUACAGUAACAGUUCGGCUCUUUUCGAACUUGGAUUGAUGCAUACUACAGGUCUAUUUGGCACUAUUCCCGUAGAUAUUCCUAAAGGACUGAUAUUCUUUGAGAAAGCUGCUGAAUUAGGUGAAUUACGGGCAAUCAUGUCGUUGGCGUACAGAUACUCGAAGGGUAUCAAUGUGCCUCAAAACAAGAAUAGGGCACUGUUUCUAUACAGGUCACUGGCUCUUCGGCUUCGUCAGCGAUACAGCGAGGAUGAGUGGAACCUGUUUUUCCCAAAUGUGGAAUCUUACCUUGUGCGGAUUCCGGACUUCAAUGGGGGUCUUUUGGGCAAUGGCCUGAGCAGUAUUCUUUCUAGCGUAAGGAGGCUGCGAGCAAAUCGGCCCGAUGUUACCUCUUCAAUCCUCACAAAUUUGCACUCGGGAAAUGUCAUUCUGCAGUUUGGUUCUGGGUACAAUGAUUUUAUUGAUGAUGAUGUUAAUGACGAGGAUAAGAUAGUUGAUUUCUAUUACUCAGCUUUGGAUAAUUACAAAGGCACAUAUACGCAAAAGAGAAACGUAGAGAUGGCGGCUACAAUUCUCAAUAACACUGUGGAAUACUAUGCUUCUCAAAUAAACCAAUUGGACAUCCUUCAAAAGUUCUACUAUGCAAAAUGCUUAGAGCUCUGGGGCCACAUGUGUUUGACAGGAGAAGGGCUACCUAAAUCAGACCUGGAGGCCGCGGAAAAUUAUUUAAACUCGGCAGUAACUGAAUUGAAAUCUGAUGCUGAAAAAGCGCAUUUCGACCUCGGGUUAAUUAAUCAACAUUUUCAUCACAACUUCUCGGCUGCAGUGGAGCACUACGGCGCAAUCACCGAAAACUAUGUUUUACUAUGUGAAAGCGGUGUUCAGCUCUUCCAGCUGAACAAGUCUGAUCAAGUGCCACCAGAUAUUCAAGAAAAAGUUCGAAAUGGCACACUUCCAGAUUUUACUACUUUGUUAAUGCGUGCAAGCUCAUAUGGCCACAAACAAGCACUUUAUGAAGCGGCUAUUUUUGAGGAAGUACAUGAUACAGAUACCCCACAUGAACAAAAGCUUGCAUUCCUUGAAAGGAAUUUUAGGCUGUUCGUUGGAAGUCAAGAAAAUUGGGUGGCCCCACAUAUAAAAGAUGCUUUCAUGGCAUUAUUGAGAGGCGAAACGGAAUCGGGCUUGUGGUUAUAUGCACAGGCUGCUGAACAGGGUAUCGAAAUUGCCCAAGUAAACGCUGCCUUUUUAUUGUACCAGCCUCCGUAUGAAUUAGAUGAGCCACCUUUGGUUCCAGACGAGAGAAAGCUUCUAGCUGCGCGAUAUUAUGAGCUUGCAGCCGUUCAAGGCAAUUACGACGCAGCUGUCAUUGCUGGGAAUGUGUAUUUUGAGAUGGGCAAUUAUGUUCAAGCCGCCGUGCUCUACCAGAGCUGUAUUCUUUCCUCCUUGGGAAGUUGGAAUUUGGGCUAUAUGUACGAGUAUGGGCUUGGAGUGGACCAAGACUUCAAAAUGGCCAAACGUCACUACAAAGCGGCUAUGGCAUAUAACAAAAAAUUAUUCUUGGGAGUCAAGCUUUCAGUAAUGAAAGUGGAGAUCAAAUCGUGGUUAAUGUGGCUUACAGGCUCUAGAUUCAAGUGUGAUUGGGGCGUCAGCGCCGAUAAAUCAACGCAAGGUUCCCAAGAAUCUUUUCAUUCUCGAGUACUCAAGAAGUUUCAGAAGCCACGGCAAGAGGAUCAGAAACGUAGCAUCUCGCCUCUUAAUGAGUAUAAUUUGCCUCAUUUGGAAGACGUUUUCACGAUAUUGGGCCUACUGGCAUUCUUCCUACUUACUUAUUUCAUCAGGGCCAUGAUGGGGCGUCAGCGAAGGGAAAACCCAAUGGGCAUGAAUAUUGAUGUUCAGUUUUUCGCUAUAUGA